AUGAAGGAGAAACUAUGGGCAAGUUCGAGUCGCGCGGUUCAAGAUGAGGUUAAGAACCUUCCGGACUGGUAUAUUACGGAGGACGAAGUUGACAUCGACAUGUCAACGAUCAUCGGGUUCGGCGGAGACGCCAAAACCUACAGGGGUGUGCUUGAAGAUGGGACCGCCGUGGCGGUCAAGGUCUAUAACGCCAAUGUGCAAAAGUCUGAGCAAGCGAAACAAAGAUUCUUCGACACAAUGCAGCUGUGGGUUCGCCUAAGCCAUUUCAACAACGUCUGCCGCCUCUACGGCGCCUGCUACUUCACAGAAACUCCAUUUAUCGUGAUGGAGUACUGCGAUUUGGGGUCGCUUGAUACGUAUCUCCGACAAGAGGGUGUUGACCGGUACAAGGCUAGUAUCGAAAUUCUUACUCAAGCUUCUCGAGCCAUCACCAAUAUGAAUUCUAAGGGCUUUGUGCACGGCGAUUUGAAGUCCAAUAAUAUUCUCGUCACCACGGGGAUUAACCCGCAAGCAAAACUGUGCGAUUUCGACCGAAGUUUUGACUGGAGCGCACUAAAAGAUGAACGUCUCGUGAAAGGGACGGCGGUAGACGCAGAAACUGAAAUCAUGGAUGCCGUGCGCUAUUUGGCGCCGGAGUGCAUUGAAGGGAUGCUUCCCAACAGUAAUUCUGACUAUUCUUUCGGAAUGACGCUAUAUCACGCGUUACUUGGGAUGUCGCCAUAUUUCGACAUCACUAGCGACCAAAAGCUGCUCGCCUCCAAGUUGGCCCGCCGACUCCCGCCCCGAAACAAGUAA